AUGGUAUGUAGCCCAAAUGAUUUAAAAAUUGAACAUAUUGCUGGGCCUUACACUGUUGCUGAAGGAUCCCAUUGGGAUGAAGAAAGAAAUCUUUUGUACUACGUUGAUAUUCCGGGCCAAAAUAUAUUCUGUUACAAUCCUGCUACGCAAAUGAUAACUCACACUUAUUUGAAUUGUGGUCCAGUUGGUUACGCGAUUCCCCUUUCUGGAAGAAAUAAUACAUUUAUCGCAGGAUGUAAAACAUCAAUAAUCAUAGUCCAUUGGGAUCCAAGGACCAACAACCUAAAUCCUGAGUAUCAUGUCAUAUCUCAGGUCGAUCAAGAUAUCAGCGACACAAGAUUCAACGACGCAAAAGUCGACCCAAGAGGUCGACUUUGGGCCGGAACUAUGGGAGAAAAAAAUGGAGUUCCUCUUACAGACAAAGGUUCGAUGUACAGAGUCGACCACGACGGCACCGUAGCAAAAAUUAUUGACCAUGUCGAUAUCAGCAAUGGGCUUGUGUGGAACCAUUUCAACGAUUCGUUUUACUUCAUCGAUAGUUUUGCGUACAAAAUUGAUGAAUAUAGUUACGAUAUCAACUCUGGAGACAUAGCUAACAAGCGCGCACGAUGUUCGACUUGAAGAAAAAUAAUCUAACGGGAAUCCCAGAUGGUAUGACCAUCGACAAAGCGGGAAAUCUUUGGGUGGCUAACCAUGGUGGAGGAUUGGUACUUAAAAUUGACCCUAAAACUGGGAGAUUACUUCAAUCAAUAAAAAUGCCAGUAACUCUUGUAACCAGCGUUGCUUUUGGUGGUCCAAAUAAAGAUAUCCUCUAUGUAACCA